GCGGGCGGGCUGGGGCGCACGCGGCGGCCGCGGGGGCGCUGCACCCCGGCGACCUGGGGCGCGGGCGCGGAUCUGUGCGCAGCCGGGGCUCCAAGGGCUCCAUGGGCUCCAAGGACUCUUCGAGCACGGCGUCGGACCCCCGCGAGCGCGUCAAGGACUGCUGCCGCAAGCUGGUGGCCUUUAUGUGCACCCAAGUGGGCGUGGGCGGGCUGGUCGUGAGCUACGCCAUAGUGGGGGCGGUCUGCUUCAUAAACAUCGAGAGCAAGGUGGAGUACCCCGAGCUCGCAGAGGUGCGGGAGCACAGCAAACAGACGGCGGCCCGGCUGUGGCUCAUCUCACAAGAGCUCAACGUGCUCAACGAGUCGCUGUGGCGCCGCAAGGUGGACUCGGCCCUGAUGGGCUUCCAAGGCGCCGUCGUGGACGCGGCCCGUAAGGGCUACGACGGCCGCACCGCCGAGGCCAUGUGGUCCUUCCCCGCUGCCCUCAUGUUUUCCCUGUCUAUCUUCACCAUGAUUGGCUUCGGGAACCUGGUGCCGCGGACCACGUGGGGCAAAGCCGCCACCGUGGUGUACGCCGUGUUCGGCGUCCCUUUGUACGUGCUGUACUUCAUGAACAUGGGCAAGGUGCUGGCCCAGACGUUUCGCUGGCUCUACACCCGCCUGUACGAGUGCUCGACGCCGAGGCCGGCCGGCUCCACGGGUCCGGGGCCGCGGGUGAUUGUGCCGUCCACGGCCUGCCUCUGGGUCAUCAGCGGCUACGUGCUCACAGGCACCAUCAUGUUCGCCGAGUGGGAGCAAUGGAGCUACCUGGACAGCUGCUACUUCUGCGUGACCAGCCUCUGCAAGAUCGGCUUCGGCGACUUCGUUCCCGGCGCCACCCUCAGCGACGGCGAGGGCGACGGCAAGGGCGGUGACGACGGUGGCAUCCAGACCCGGCGGGUCAUCACCUUCGUGUACCUGCUGCUCGGCCUGGGACUCAUCGCCAUGUGCUACAACCUGAUGCGCGAGGAGGUGCGCGUCAAGGUUCGCCAGCUCAAGGAUGAUGUUGGCCACUGCCUGGACGAGUUGCAUCUGCGAGCCGCGACCUGCUACCGGGGACCCAGCCCGGAGCAGGACUACAUGUACUGAGACCACUGAGACACGAGUGCAGUGCCAGAGUUGCCCGGGGCGACAAAAACGGACACUAAGACAGUAUUUUUUUUUA